AUGUCAAGCGCUGCCGGACCUAGCACACAGCCGCGACCUCCACGGUCAAUCAGUGCGUGGGGACCUCCACCUGCGAGUACUACUAGGAAUGCUGGGAACACGGCAACAAAAACUUACAAGCGUUCUCGUUCCGGUUGCUAUACCUGUCGUUUGCGAAGGAAAAAAUGCGACGAAAGUCAUCCAACCUGCGGAGCUUGUACCAGUCUGGGGGUCAGUUGCGAGUAUCGAAAGCCAAGCUGGUGGAUCAGUACUCAGGCACGACUUUUGCAAAAGGAACAAAUCAAAAAUAAGAUUAGGGAAACCAAGGUUAUGGAAAAGGAGGCCGCCCUAAAGAGUAGGUAUCACCAUGCCAAUACGUCCGUCGGUCUAACGAAUCCCACCCACCCAGAAUACAUGAGACACGCGCUCCCAUCGCCACCAAAUGGUGCCAACAAAUCCCAAAUGGAGACUAGUACACUCGAACCCUCCACAUCCUACCUUGCAACCCCAACCAGCGCUCCACCCAUUACCACUCCGUAUGGGCUUAACACUGGAGCCGGGAAUUCAACAUUCAUCCCGGCUACAUCGUCUGUGCAAGAUCCUACUACCUCUGCACUCACCUCUACCGUCAAUUCUACCGUGCCCCCGCCGGUCCCCACCUCCUCCACAACGACAGCACCAGCUGGGCAGAGUGAAGAGUGGUAUCAAGGAUUCACAGAUCCCCCACUUCACGCACCAAAUAAUGCGGCUCUAGGCUCUUCCUCAGGGUCUACCUCCCGCCCACUCUCCUUUUACUUGGAAGCUAAGAUGACCAAGACCGACAGAGAGCGGUCACUGCUAUAUCACUUUGCCGACAACGUCUUGCGGUUGGUGUUUCCAGUUCUCGAUAUCCAUAAGGAUGGACAGUCACGCGCUCGUGAAAUUCUGAAUUCUCUUGACUCCAACAAAUCUUACUUUCACUGCUGUCUGAGCGUAUCUGCCAUCCAUCUCAAGACUAUCAGGAAGAACCGUGGGAAGAGAGUUGACAAUGAUAUCAUGCGACAUCGAUAUGCAGCUGUUUCGGAACUUUGCAAGGCCUUAAAUGCUGACAAUGGCCAUGAUACAAUUCUCGAUGCGACACUAGCGAUGAUUUUCUUCCAUUGUUCCGUGGGUUCACCGGACGACUCCAUGCCAGAUAUUCCAUGGAAUGAGCACUUUACGGCGGUUACGAAUCUGGUCGAAAAGCUUGGUUUUGUCGAACCGAAUCCAUACAUGAUUCUUCCGUUCAGCAUGUCCCUAAGCACCUGGAUCGAUAUUUUGGGGGCUACGAUGUUAGGGAAAUCACCUCAGUUCGCACACAACUAUCGAAUCAAACAUCUAAGCGGGGUUUCAUCUGGGUUGCGAGAACUGAUGGGCUGCGACGAUCGAAUAAUGUAUCUGAUUUCGGAAAUUGCGUGUCUCGAAUGUUUGAAAGGAGAAGGUCUUAUUGAUGACUAUACAGUCUGCAACCAUGUGGCUGCAAUGACUGCUCAACUGGACCACGCCGAAAAAUCGGUGGAUCCUACUCUAGAAAACCCGCUGGCUUCAGGCACCGUCGAUGUCGGAAAACUAACCAAGAAUAUGACGGCUAUCUUUCGCGUCGCAGCCAGGAUCCACCUUUAUAGUCUCCUACCUACAUUUGCGCGCGAACAGCAAACUACCGUUGACUUGGUUCAAAACGUUGCAGAUCUCCUGCAGUAUAUCCCCUCCGGCCCUUCCGGAUUCGACCGCUCUCUCAUUUGGCCGAUGUUGAUCACAGGAGCAUUCUCGACCCCCACCAGUUCCUUCCGUGCCCUUCUUACAGAGAGAUCGGGCGCUCUGGGCGAAAGUAGCGACUUUGGUAGUUUCGGGCGCAUGUACUGUGUUCUCCAAGAAGUCUGGAGAUUAUCCGACGACCCAAGCCCUUCUAACUACGCCGAGUCCGGUUUGCUUGCCUCUUCCUCGCGUCCCAGCUUUGACCAGACGGCAUUACCUUCCCCCGGUAUCGACACUAUCGGACAAAGAAAUAAAAGGCCGACCGUCCAUUGGAGAGAUGCUAUGCGGCGUCGGGGAUGGCAAUACCUACUGAUUUAG